GCGGUGUUGAUGAUGACGCGAGCGUGGCGGCAAAGGUAGACGUGGUAGUAGUAGUAAAACAAAUGCCCCUCCAACCCCUGUCCAAGCAUAGAGAGCUGCGCGAGGCUCGCCCGGUUCGCAAAAGACCGGAUCGGCGAACGCGUCGAGUGCGUCGGAAAGCGGCCGUUUGGACCCGGUUUUCGGCAUCAGAAGGGCUUCGGCAGCCGCAGGUCGAACAGUGCAGUUGUGCCCGGUGCAGCGUCAGUUAAUAUGUGCAAUCGGAUGUGCGCGUACGUGCAACGGUUGGCACUGCUCGGGUUCUGCAUCGUGGCUUUCAGCGUGUUCUGGUGGUGCUUCUUCUGCAGCAUCUAUGUCGUGAUGUUUGGCGAUGCGUUAGCGACCACUGGAUCGGCCGCCGAUCGCGCUAACGCUCAACACACUGCCCGGUGUUGCUCACAGGCAUAAUUGUUUACAACAAAGGUUGGAAUGGUUUAAGGGCAAAGUUGUUCAAAGUGUUAUUGAAUGAAUUUUGUAUCGCUGUGGUACUUUGUAACAGAAACAUCUAAAGUGGCUAGACUUUUCUAACGGACAGAGGCCGGUUAAGAGGAGAUUGGGGCAUUUCCGGUGUAUCCCGGAGUCAGUUGCUCUUCACGAAAGCUCUUCGUUGUGAUUGAUUUGUUGUAAAGAUUGCUAGAAAUGAAUAAUGUUCACCAAAUACAGCACUAACGAUGAGGAUGACGAUUUCAAGCAUACAAAUAGCAGCAACAAUUCAAACACAGUCUAUAGUACUAACCAAAACAUUACCGUUCCGAUUGACAUCGAUAGGGUUGGUUUUGAGCAUCUUACUGGUGCCAGGAAGACAGUACUACAAGUGAGCUCUCUAAGCGCCUGGAGCUUAGAAACAGAAAGUUUCUCCAUGAUCGACGACGAAAUGCAAGUGAUCGACACGAUCGAUCAAAGCUACUGGAAUGGAAAGUUUGUCCCACCACCGCCGAGGCCUCCGUUUCUGGAGGAAUCGAUUGCUCCAGACGGUUUAACCACGUGCGAUCUUUGCUCGUGGGCCUGGCAAGAUAAGGGGUCACUGUCACUUGAUGGCGCAAUAAAGGAAAUCUUCACUUCAUCGGACACGAAGGAAUUUAAUUGGACAUUUGCGUUGAUAGUGGUUUCGCUGACGUCGGCUUUUCUCGGUGCCAUAAUAAUGAUAGUAUUUCUUAGAUGUAAACGGAUUCGUACCAAUCCGCACGGCCUCCGUACAUUGUGCUUCGAUUCCAGCAGUACAAAAGAUACCAGUGGGUUAAAUUUUGAUAAUCAAACAUCGAAAAACUCAACCAAUGGGUCAUGUAGCCCUCGUAGUACAAAUUCCGGAUUGUGGACGUGGUUCAGCAGUCGCAAGAAUCUGUCAACGCCGGAUCAGCUGGUAAACUCGCAUACGCUACCGGUGGAGAACCACUACACGCACAUGGAUGACAACAAUUACAAUCCCGUGCAGAUCGACGAAGCAUCGUAUGCUGAAGUGGGAAACGAAAUUGGUCCCUCAGAAACUACCUCCUACAAAUCAGGCUCCGUACAACAUGGUACAGACAACGACAUUCUAAUCAUGAACUGUCCACUGCCAGCAAUACCGACCGGAUCGCACAGUGCUAGCGGAGGGGCUAGCGGGUCCGGUAGUGCGUACUACUCUGGGCUGCUCAAUAAUGCCAAUAUGACCAGAGCGGAGGAUGAAGACGAGCGUCCGUACGAGAUAGUUGAUCUGAAGGAGAUGUCAUCACCUCACAAAAACCACAAUGUCCAAAGCCAUUUUUUGAACGAAACGAACAACCUACUAACGAUUGAGAAACACUCAGAAACGCUACCGGAAGGGACUAUCAGCGCAUCUGAUUACGUUUGAUAGUGCAAGUGAAUGUCAACUUGGAAAGAGAUUAUUACACACGAUACGGUUUGGUUGAUUAUUUAUGCUUAGUUGCUGUGCACAUCAAAAGUGUGUGUGUGUGUGGGUGAAUGGAAAUGUAUUUAUUUGACUGAUUUUGACCAUUCAACGAAUCGAUAAUUAGGACAAUGAUCAUACUGCGUAGUUUUUCCAACCAACUUUUGGAUCUGUUUUAGGUCCUUUUUUAUGCUAUCAAAUAAAGUGGUAGUAAAGUAAACAACCAUUGACUGCGCAAGAACCAUUCCGCCGAUUAGAGUCAUUAGCAAGCCAUUAAGUGUAGAAAAUGUAGUGCAAAAAGAAACAAAUUACAGGACCAUACUUUCUUACUGACAUGGCAUUUAUGUGAAGUCGUUAGAUUUUAACAUUAAACAGACUGUCCACGUUUUAUGUGUGCCCGUGUGCCUAUUUGUAAGUGUGUGUGUGUGUGUGUGUGUGUGUUCGAUCCCGAACCGUAGUAGCCUUGGUGAUAUUAACUAGAGAUUAAACAGUCGUAUUAGGUCAACCCGUAACAGUAAAGACAAAGUAAAAUAAACUGGAAAUUUUGGAACAAAAGCCUCCCCUCCCAUCCUGAAAGUACCUUUAGCGUUUAAAUGGUUUUUUUUGUAAAACAACUAGUCGUAAGUGUUAGUGCAGUGCAGUUGUCAUUCAAAGUCCAAACUCUCAUACGACACACAUAAUCAUCAUUAUCAUGUGAACAAUAAACAUUUCAUAAAGAUAACCUGGUAGAGAAAAUAUUCUUGAUUAGCAUUGUAGGAGUAAACUGUGUGAAUGGUUUAUCCGUCAUUUUAGUCGGGGUUUUGUAAACAUUUUUAACACCAUUGCAUGCUUCGAAGCAAAUUUACAAAAGAAAUAAAAGCUCAAGAAAAUGUCCAUCCAAUUUGCGCAUUUUUUUUCUAAA